AAAGGAUUCGGGAACUUUUUUUUUUUAUUGAUUUUAAUACCGCGCGCUUCGGGGUUUUUUUUUUGUUUUUUCUCAACUUGAGGGCAUCUCAUCCCGUUUUCCUCAUCGUUUGCAAACGAUCCCCCUUCCCUCCACCGGUCCUCAUCCAACACACACAGCAGACAUGACUACGAUUGCCAAACAGUGGGAUGCUCGUACGGCCGGUCCCGUCCCUCACGAUACCAACUACUACUUGAAGUGCAUGUUGGGUGGUGUUCUUGCUUGCGGUUUGACCCACACGGCCAUCACUCCUCUUGAUGUGACAAAAUGUAACAUGCAGGUCAACCCUGCAAAGUACAAGGGUCUCAUCAGUGGUCUUCGUACCAUUGUUGCCGAAGAGGGAGCCCGUGCUGUGUGGAAGGGAUACGCUCCCACCUUUAUUGGUUACUCCAUGCAAGGUGCCUUCAAGUACGGUCUCUACGAAAUGUUCAAGGACACGUACUCCAACUUGCUCGGUGAGGAGAACGCCAAAAAGUACAAGGGAUUGAUCUGGUGUGGUGCCUCUGCUUCCGCAGAGUUCUUUGCCGACAUUGCUCUUUGCCCCAUGGAGAUGGUCAAGGUCAAGGUUCAGACCUCUGUUCCUGGUACCUUCCCCACCGCGUUGGGUCCCGCUGUUGCUCAGAUGCGUGCCGACAGCGCGAUCACUCGCUUCCCCUUUGGUUCCUUGGUUCCUCUGUGGUCUCGCCAGAUUCCUUACACUGUUGCCAAGUUCUUCUUCUUUGAGAAGGCCGUCGAGUUCUUUUACACCUACGUCUUCACAAAGCCCAAGGAGUCUUACUCCAAAACCACCCAGCUCGGUGUUACCUUUGCAUCUGGUUACUCUGCUGGUGUUAUUUGCGCCAUUGUGUCCCACCCUGCCGACACUGUUGUCUCGCUAAUGUCCAAGCCCGCCAACAAGGGCAAGGGCUUUGGACAGAUUGCCUCCGAGUUUGGAUACCUCAACCUUGCAACCAAGGGUCUCGGUACCCGUGUCCUCAUGAUCGGUACCCUCACUGGUCUUCAAUGGUGGAUCUACGACACCUUCAAGACCGUCAUGGGUCUUGGUACCACUGGUGGCAAAUAAGCCGUAAAUGUUCUAGGUCACUGAACAAUGGACUGGAUCGUAUGGAGGUUAUAUAUCCAGAACUGGUGGGGUUGGGGUGCUUCCGGUUACUUAUUCCCUGUAGUCAAAUUUCGUUUGUCCCCUAUCAUUUAAUAGAGCUUGAUAGCAUACCGCUAGCAAA